CGCAGAGCCGAGCGGAGCGCAGAGCGCAUCCAUCACGCACUGCUCUGCCUCUCCGCACAAACGAUGCUGACCAACAUGAAAUAAUCACUGUCGCCUCUCUCGUGGGAUACGGAUGAUUUGUAUGCCCCGCCCCCCUAACCACCGCCGCGUGGUGUUUGUUCUUCUCUUAUUUUGCUUCCCUAGCCGAUCAGUGUGUGGAAUGGUCCGCGUUUGUCUCUCCGUGGUCGUUUCCACUUCAGCAUGGGUACUGCGGUGUCCAAAAGGAAGAACCUGAGGAGUGAUGCCAUAUCUUCCGUGGCCGCAAAAGUCAGAGCAGCCCGAGCUUUUGGAGAAUACCUGUCCAACACCAAUCCAGAGAACCGCAACGGAGCAGAUCAAUUACUGUCUGACACUUUCCCCAACCCGGACUGCGACUCCCCGGCCGUCAGCCGCCUGCAUAGUAACAAUCUGACAUCACAGAUCCACUGCUUACCCAUAGUUAAACCCAACCAGUCCAGCCUGUCCGAUACCAGUGCUCACCCACACUCUCAGCCCCAGGGGAAAAAAAAACACACCCAAGCGCCCUUGUGUCCCUCUAAACGCCGGCUCUCGGGUGGGCGCAGCCUCUCCACGGAAGAGCCGCCGAGGGCCCGAGGCCCCGGGGAGAGUGCCCCGGUGAAGCCAGCCCGGGUGUACACAAUCACCAGGGAAGGAGAGAUGACCCUGGGGGGCCGAGGCAGCGAGGAGAGUGUGGAGCUGGAGGUGUUGAAGGGUUCCAGGGAGCAGCCUCCGACCCCGGCGUCGGACGAACAGGACCCGUCCUGCACCAGCCAGCCGUCCGCCGCCCGCGGCGGCCAUCACCGUAGCGGCCAUCACCACGGCCACCACCACCACGGCCACCAGCAUCACGGAGGCCUGCUGCUGCCGCCGUCGCAGCCGCUGCAGAGCUCUGGGAGCGCCGGCAACAUCCGCAACUGGGGGAUGAGGAGAGGGGGUUCGCGGGAGGACAACACGCCCGACUGUGUGGCCUGCAUUCGUGCCCCGUGUCAAAGCCAGCGCUCCCUGGACCUGGACCCCUCACCGCAGGACGGGGGGAAGCCCCGCAAGAAACUGGAGAGGAUGUACAGCGAGGACAGAGCGUCGACUGAGGACAGGGAGGACAAUCCUAAUAGCUGGUUCCCCAAAGAGAAUAUGUUCAGCUUUCAGACAGCCACCACCACCAUGCAGGCAAUAUCGGCUUUCCGAGGCAUUGCUGAGAGAAAGAGGCGGAAAAGAGAGCAGGAGGCAGCCACCAUGAUGGAGAGAAAUUUCCGUAAGCACCUCAGGAUGGUGGGCAGCCGCAGGAUGAAGGUCCAGACCUAUGCCGACCGCCGGGCCAAGAGUUUCAGCCGCUCGUGGAGUGACCCGACACCCGUCAAGCCCGACUCAAUGCAUGACUCCAGAGACAGUGGUGAGCUUCAGAGCUCCUCAGGGACUCUAGAUGAAGGGCCUGAUGAGGAUGCCGACUGGGAUGAUGAGAGGGAAAUGGAGAGGGUCGCUUGUGAAGCAGAGGACUUCAUCCCACCUAAAAUCAUGCUGGUUUCCUCCAAGGUUCCAAAGGCUGAAUAUGUCCCAAACAUCAUUCGUAGGGACGACCCCUCCAUCAUCCCCAUUCUUUAUGACCAUGAACAUGCCACGUUUGACGACAUCCUCGAGGAGAUCGAGAAGAAGCUGACGGCCUACAGGAAAGGCUGUAAGAUCUGGAACAUGCUCAUUUUCUGUCAGGGAGGACCCGGACAUCUGUACCUGCUGAAGAACAAAGUGGCCACAUUUGCGAAGGUGGAGAAGGAAGACGACAUGAUCCAGUUCUGGCGGCGGCUCGGCAGGCUGAUGAGCAAGCUGAACCCAAAGCCCAACCUCAUUCACAUCAUGGGCUGCUAUGUGCUGGGGAGCGCUAACGGAGAGAAGCUGAUUCAGACUCUGAAGAGGCUGCUGGGACCCUCCUCUGUCGACUUCAAGUCCCCACUAGAGCUGUCUGCAGAGGGCAAAGAGAUGAUCGAGAUGUACUUCGACUUCCGCCUGUUCCGCCUGUGGAAGAGCCGGCAGCACUCCAAGCUGCUGGACUACGACGACCUCCUGUGACUCGACGCGCGUUCCUUUGGCUUUUGAAGCGGUUAUCUCACGUCCGAGCCUUGCUGUCCGGCGACGGGGCGAUUUGGUUGAAGGGGCCUGUCCCGGGAGUCUCCUACACGAGGCUCCGCAGGCAGGAGUCGGAGCUGUUAGCGAGCGCAGUUUGGGUCUUUUUGCCCCCCCACCUCCUCCUCCUCCUCCUCCUCCUCCCCACUCUGAGGCGACAGGGCCCCCCCCCCCCCCCAGUAGAUUCAGACGAACGUGUUCCCGUUCUCCAAUCUCCAUUUUCACUUUCUGCCUGUCUCCUGGAGAAAAGAGGCUCGGCGGGGACACGAGGAGGGAGACGGGACGCGAGAGACUUGUCGUCCUGUCCUGAAUGUGUCAGGAGAUGCUAACUAGGGUUCAGGGAGGAUGUUACACAAAGAUGUAAUGUCUCAGAACAGAAAAGACUUUUUUGGCCUACCCACCUGCUCUUUUCAGAUGGAGGCGUAGACGAGGAUGAAAUGAUUUUAUCUUGUCAGGCGUAGAAAUUAUUCACAAGGGGAUUAGAGCUUAUAUGUAAAUAAACAAGUGCUUACUUGGAGCCUUAGAGAAUAGAUAUCUAGCAUCUCUCUCCAUGCUAUCGUGUGAAAAUCGAGACUAAUUUAGAGUUGUCUAUUUAACGCUGACUUUUUUUUCUCAAACAAAUACACGUACUAGUGUUUUGUACAGACUGUUGUAUUAACUCAGGUUGAAUCCCUUGUUUGAUACUAAGAAUUAUACUCGCCGAUGGCAACAUACUGUAGAGCAGAAUCCAAGGCCUUCUUAGCCACACAGAGUCAUCCUCAGCGGACCGUCAGGGGUGUCUUCUUUAACCUGUGUGUGGGUGUGUGUGUGUGUGUGUGUGUGUGAGAAGAGAAACGUUUUUUUUCUAUAUUCUUUUGAGCCAACUGUAGCCGAACUGAGCGAUGCAUCUGCGCGUGUUGUUGUGCCAUUCUCAGCAUUACACCUGAGACAGCUGGAGCUGCUCUUUCCUGAGAACCUUUUGGCACGCUGAUGCUCUUUUGGCGUGUUUGUGUUGCGUGUGCGUGUCCACGGCGUGGUGGAGGUCGCAGGCUCUUUAUACCUUGGCGGUGUCUCUUUAGUAGAUACAAUAACACACUCGUUUGUUUCAACACUUGAUUUCCUCACGGUGAUUUUCUUAUUGAAGACUUGAAUCACUCAAAGUAGCAAAGGACUAGUAUAGGUGAUACUUUUCCUAUUUUUUCUUUUCCUCACCGAUAUACUAAUUAAACCCGUGCCGUGGUGUUUCAGUGAAGAGUUCUUCUCUAGUAUCCAUUUUAACGUAUCAGGAUAUUUUUGCUAGAGUUAAAAUGACGUGCAGUUUGUGCAUUUUAGCCUUUUUAAAGAUGGAAGGAUACACUCUCACUUGGAUAGUCAUCUUCACAUCCCAUAAUGCAACUGGAUAGUACAUUUGUGUUACCCUCCCAGCCUGGUAAAUAUUUCUUUCACAUUCUAAACCCUAAUAUUUAUUGUGCAGGCUUUUAAAAACUUAGAUGACUUCAACAGACACUUGGACAUCAUCAGGGGACUUUUCUCACUUUUUCAUGUCGAUCUUUAUCUGAACUAAAAUAAUUUGGUAGAGUGCCGUUUUCAAACUACACCAAGCUGAUCCUCCAUCCCAUUAGACAGGGACCAAUGUCCCCCAUUUUUAAACAAAAGCCAGUAUUAGAAAGGAGGUAUUUGUAUUUUUCUAUUCAAACUAAUGAUAUAUAACUACCUGUGAAAACAUUUUUGGGGCUCGCGUCACAUUUUGGAGAGUGCACUUGCUGGUAUCAUAGGACAUAGCAUGAGUGACGUUUACAUUGCUCCAUCUCAAGCUUUGUACAUAGACGGUGAAAGUCACUUGUGUGUGUGUCCAUGUGAGAUUUCUUGCAUAGUUAUACAAUAUGUAUCAUUCAUGCACAUAUGCCUCCUAACUUUAUCCCCCUGCACACUGUGACUGUGUGCGUCACGACCACGGAUGGCUGAGCGCUUUCACUGCUCCGUGUCUUGUUGUUGUUGUUGUUGUUGCUUCCUGAACCAUGCGAGUCGAGCUGGAGGAAUCGUUUAGUGCAUCGGAGUGCUCGAGGACUGAGGCAUUCAUAAACACUGUUUAUCAUAAUGUAUAAGGAGAGCUUUAGGUCCAGAAUUGGGACCGUUGAAGUAUUUUGUCCGUUUCCUUGUUACCGGUGAGGAUGUGAAGCGUCCUGCAAAUGAAAUCUUUAUUAAUAUUGCCGGUGCAGCUCUAGUAACCAUCUUAAGAACUUCACUUCAUAGUGCAACUGUUUUACACAACGGGAAAUCAUCCCUGCUGUGGAACAUUUUGAAGUGAAAUGUUAAACUGUUUUAUCUAAGAUGACUGAAAAGGUUUUUGGACUGGAGCACUCUACGUUUUUUAAUUAUCUUACUAUCAUUGUUUGAAGAGCACGUGUUUUUUCUUCUGCAAAUGAGUGUGUCACUGUAAAUUAUGAUUUAGGUCUCUGAUAGUGUUUUCGCAGUGCAGUUGACUCAUCUUGUUACAAAGUAUCUUGCAUCACUACAUCACUGUCAAAUUAACUGAGAUCAUUAUAUGUAAUUACUGUUAACAACUAGGACAAUAGUGGUACACAAAUAGUGAGAAUAUACUUUAUUUGACAUUCUUCUAGGCCCUAUUAGCAGUACAUGUUUAAUCGCACCUUCCUCCUGGUUUGUGCUAUAAAGAAAGUUAGCCCUUUGUUUACAGCCAACUAGAAUUUAUCACAUUUUAGCAAAAAAGUGUAUGUUGAUGCUCUUUGCUCUGAUGAUAAUUCAAAUGUGUUAAAAUAGAUUUUUUAUUUGCAACAUCUGCAGGUUAAAGGACCAUGUAGAAGCAAGUAUAUGAUGGAAUUAUGCUGGGAAGAUAAAUAUAUUUUAUCAUGUGAACUAGUACAGGCAAACACCAUUUUUGUUUGUGCCAGUCACACAAACAAAAAUGGUACAGCGAUUAUUAGAAUUCUGUAUUUUAUUGUAUAUGUUACGUUUUUUUCUAAGCAAUUCCGUCCAAGGACAUAAUGGCUGUUAUUGUAAUCUCGCUCGUUCAUGGUAUUUUUAUACCAACCCCUUAGUAAUGAAACGUCCAUGAGUGUUAAAUGGUGUAACUUAUGUUUUGUUCCUUGCUUAAAGGUGCAGCAGGAUCUCAGCUUGUAAUUGUUGUACAUUCAUGCUGAUGUGUACUUGUUUAAACAUAAACUACUCUCAGAACCUUUCUUCAGUAGCAAUAUACUGUGUGUGAAUAUUACCGUGUGAUCAUUUAGACAUGUAUUCUGUAUAAGAAGAAGGUGAUAUUGUUCUACGUGUGGUCUGUAAAACCUAUUGAUUUGCCCUGUGGAUGAUGGACAGAAACAAAGUAGGAUGCUGCUCUGGACUCAUUUUGGACUCCUCUGCUUUCUCCUCUGCUGUGAGUUUUAUUAAACCCUGAUCACACGCCCGCUCAAUUGUUGUAACCGCAUCUCCAAUCAAUAUAAUUAAUCCUGCUGCUCAUUUCCCUAAAAAUGGACACAGGCUGAAUAGAUUUCUAAUGAUUUUCGGAUCACAAUAGAAACACCUCUUACACUGGUGGAGCUAAGCGCUGAGGCUGCAUUAACGGGAGACAUUAAAGAAUCGCAGUACACCCGAGGCUUCGGCAGUUUCUAAUACUUCUGUAAUUGCGAGCUAACCAACCUGAAAUAGAACACCUCUAGAAAGGGAGCCCAGCUUUGAAGUCAAUCUUUGAUGUGACAAGACCGUGCAUGUGUAACAUCAAGGUUCCCUGAUUGAAAAUCAUUAGGUCCUCACAAUUGUAGAAUGCACAAAUCCAGGGUGGUUCCCGGGCUGGGAGGCGGGGUUAAAGGAAAUGAUUGAGCGCCUGAUCUCCUCGUACAUCCAGGAGCGCUGCAGAUUACAUGCUGCAAGUAGGACACACUCAGGAGACUGCUGUUCUGUUAACCAAAACUUAACAGUCUGCUAAGUCAGUUUUCACUUAUUCCCAGUUUCCCCACUAUGUUUUUAGAUCAGAUCUGAGUAAGUUUUGUUGCAUAACUUGAAAAAUGACUUUGUUUCGUAAAUGUCAACAUUCAAUAUAAACUGUAUCUGUAGUUUGCAUAAAUGUACAAUGUAAAUGUCUUCUCUGGUGACUUGUUCUGACCCACUCUGGUACUGGUUCAGUUGAUAUUUCUCCUACAUCAGGUGAACAUUACCAGCAUUAGCAGUAUUUUUGGCAACGCAACCAAUUUGCGGGUUCGUCAUUGUUAAAAUGAAAGAAUACUGAGUGUACAUCCAUUGUGAGCUUUGGAGAGAGCAGGAGAAGUAACCUAAUGUUGUUUUGUCAAAUGAAAUGAGUCGAGCAGACAGUCAUACAAGGACAGUCACACCGGAGCAACACACCAUUUGAUUUCCUGAGAGCAUGAUUGCACCACAGAUUGAUUUUAGAACGCUUACCCUCCCCUGUUAUUUUCCAAAUGAAGUUCUGUGUCAUGUUGCGAGGAGCAGACACCCCCCCCCCCCCCCCCCUCUUCCAAGUUCAAAUUGUUUGUAAGCACGGUUGUUCCGGUGGAAAAUGCCAGCGCUUAGUUGGGAGCUUGAUUGACUUUGAUGAAGAUGAUGGAUGGAUGCCGCUUUUGAUUGCCCUGUCACCUCCAGUCGGGCUCAGAUUGUAUUUCGGGAGGAGGAGAAAAAUAAUGUGUUGAUGUUGCGUCUGUUUCACUUUAACUCCUCUGUGAUCUAACUGAGUGCUACAUUGUGUAAUAGCUUCCUUGGACUUAACACGAGGCGGUCGAGUAAAAAAAAAGGUUGGAUCAUCCAUGAAAGGUAUAAUAGCAAUCAACUUUGUAUCUGGUGAUUUUGAUACUAGAAAGGGUUAUGAAUAUAUCUGGGUAGCUUUUCUGAGCAUUUGGGUUCUUCCUUAGAAUAGACAUUAUAGAUGGAACUUUUAUCCAAACUAUUUGUGUCUGAACUACUAACAAAGAAAUGUUGUUGUAUUGAACAAUAUUGGUCAAAAGAUUUGGUUUUAAUGCAUUUCUCUCAUUAAACAUGAGCUCUACACAA